CCGCGGGGAGGUUUGUUGACGUGCCGCGGGAGCCGAGCCAGGCAGCCUCUCGCCCCUGCCUCACCUCUCCUCGUCUCCCCGGCCUACCCAGGCUCAUCUCGCCUCCCCAACGCCUCACACGCCUUCAAGAACACCCCGGCCUCUUCUCCCCAUCCUCCCCGGACACAGAUUGUCUCCCCACGCCUGCUGAAACGCCCCUGCCUUACCUCCCUCAUCUCCCCACGCCUCCAAGAACAUCCCUACCUCAUCUCCCCACGCCUCCUAGAAAGCCCUGCCUCAUCUCCCUCAUCUCCCCACGCCCACAAGAGCACCCCUGCCUCAGCACCCUUAUCUCCCCACGCCCCCAAGGAAACAGCCUGCCUCAUCUCCUCAUCUCCCCUGCCUCAUCUCCUCAUCUCCCCACGCCCACAAGAACACCCCUGUCUCAUCUCUCCUGCCUCAUCUCCUCCUCAUCUCCCCACACUCACAAGAACACCCUGCUUCAUCUCCCCUGCCUCCCCACCCUCAUCUCCUCACACCCACAAGAACACCGCAGCUUCAUCUCCCCACCCUGCCUCAUCUCCCCAGCCUGCCCAGCCUCCCCUUCAGGAUGGUGACGGCCAGCAACAGGAGCAGCGGGGAGGCCAAGGAGGACAAGAAGGCGUCUGCGGCCAACCCCAGCAACGGCCACGUCUCCAACCAGUGUGAGGACGGCCAGAAGGAUGGAGCAGAUAGUGGAAUGCGUGUGGGGAAGGCGUACCAGGCAGAGAUCCCUUCACUCCUUCCCUCGCAUGAGCGCAGGCCAGAGCAGUGUCCUGAGCGCGCACUGCUGGUGUGGGCGCCAAAGUUUGAGCUGAAUGAAGAGAGCCGUGAGUAUUUCGAGCAAUACAUCUGGCUGGCCAAGGACAAGUACGGGUACAACGCUGAGCAGGCCCUGGGGAUGUUGUUCUGGCACCGACAUGACCUGGAAAAAGCCACCGCCGACCUCGCCAACUUCACACCCUUCCCUGACGAGUGGACGACUGAGGACAAGGUUCUGUUUGAGCAAGCGUUCCAGUUCCACGGCAAGAGUUUUCAUCGCAUACGCCAGAUGCUGCCAGACAAGACCAUUGCCCAGCUGGUCAAGUAUUACUACCUGUGGAAGAAGACUCGCCAGCGGAGCUCCCUCAUCGACCGCCAUGCGCGAAAGCACACCGCCAAGAUGCAGCAAAUUUCCGAGGGUGUGGUGGGCGACAGCAGCGGCGAUCGGUCUGAGGAGGACGAGGAGGGGAAGGGCGGCGAGGAGUCCAAGACCUGCUCCAACUGCACCAUCCCCGCCUCCAUGCUCAACGAGUCUCCCAAGGGCCUGCAGUGCCUCACCUGCUACAACCACUGGAAACUUGGCUUCUACAGGAAGAUGGGGAGCCUGCGGCCGACGGUGGGGCCCAUGAAGCGCGACAAGCAGCUCAUCAAACACAAGCGCCGACCUCCACGCGGCAUGCACAUCAACCACGAGGACCUGAUGGCCAUGAUCUCCUCUGGCCCCCCUGGCCCCCCCGGCGCACCCACCCCCGGCCAACAGUUGCUGCGACACAUGGAGAAUGAGGUCAUCGCACUCAAACGCCAGGUCCAGAGUAACAAGGCGCAGAUCAGCAGCCAGCGGAGCAAGAUCGCCGAGGAUGGGAUCUCCACCUACCGACCGCCCCCCCAGGCCGGGCCCCCCAAGGCUAAAUGGUCACACGAGGAGCUGCUUCUGGCUGUACAAGCGGUGAGGUACUUCGGCAAGGACUUCAAGGCCAUCGCCGAGAUCGUGGGCAACAAGACCGAGAACCACGUGCGCAGCUUCUUCGUCACCUACCGGAAACGCUACAACCUCGACAAUGUGCUCAAGCAGUGGGAGGAGGAGCACGGCCCGGUCCGCACCUCCGAGGCCGAGUGACAGGACCAGAAACGGCUGCCACCGCCACCACCACCGCCGCCAGCCGCAGCCACCACAACCACAACCACCGCCACCACCACAGUAGUUUCAGUAGCCUCCACCGCAUCCACCACAGUCACCGCUGCUAAGACGACGAAUUCCACCGUAAAGUAACGUUGAAGUGUGUUAAUAGUAAGGGUUUAUUAGUAAGGGUUAAGUAGUAGUAGUAGUAGUAGGGGUAGACUCAACCACCACAACCACAACCAAAAUCACCACCACGCUCAGCUCCACCACCCCCAUCUCAACCACAGUCUCGGAAACAACCAACUCCGCCAUGAAAUCAGUGAAAUAGUAAUGAUAACAGGAAUAGUCACAACCACCACCACCGCCAUCAUCUCCACCACCCCCAUCUCAACCACAGUCACCGAAACAACCAACUCUGCCAUACAAUAAUUGAGAUAGCAAUGAUAACAGGAAUACUCACAACAACCACCACCACCACCGUCAUCUCAACCACAGCCUCAGAAACAACCAACUCCACCAUAAAAUAGCGAAAUAGUAUUGAUAACAGGACUCAAAACCACCGAAAUCACCACCACACUAACCUCAACCAUCACAGCAACCGAAAAUAACAAACUCCAAAUAAAUUCUCACCCUGAAAUCGUAACAGCAACCGAAGCAACCACACUCACAGCUAUCACCACCACAGUAGCCUUGAUUUCCACCACAGCAACCACAGUAAAGUCGAUAAAGUAAGGUAUCGUAAGAGUGAACUAUUCGUAACAGCAUCCCUUGGUAUUUACGUAGUGAGAUGGGAAGUUAUUUCUUACCUUUCCUUAUUAUUCUUAUUUUGAAGGGACUGUGUUGAUGGGGUAUGCUAAUGAUGGGGUUGUUGAUAGGUUACUUCUAUAAUUCCUUCCCCUUCUGUCUCUCUCUGGCAUAUGACCACAGAUGUUGCGCCCACUAAACGAAAAUUUCCAAACUGUUGAUGGGUUAUGUAAAUGAGGUGUGUUGAUGAGGCUAUGUUGAUGGGAUGUGUUGAUGAUGGGGGUAUUGGCACUCAUUCACUUAUAGUAUUCAUUAGUUAAGUGGUGGUCUGGUCCAUCACAUUUUGUAAGUUGGCGGCAAUGUGUUCCUCUGUGUGUGUGUGUGUGUGUGUGUGUGUGUGUGUGUGUGUGUGUGUGUCGUCUCUCAGAAGCAUCAAGGUUAGGCUGUAUUUACUUCUUUUUUUUUUUUUUUUUUUUUUUUUUUUUUUUAACUGAAAAAUGUAUACUACCCUUGAUUAUGUACUUGGUGACUGUUGCAAAGCUCAUACCAACCCUCGUCUGUUCAUUCUCAAGCUCCCGGUAAGUUGUGUCGCCUUAUAGUAUCAUCCUAGGUCUGGCUCAAGGCUGGUAAGAUCUCACAACAUUAACCUUUGCUAUGUAAGAACGCUCUAAUGCCAGACUUUCUAAAUGUGGCACUAGUAUUUAUUAAGUUAUGAGGCUAGUGUGGCUUUUUUUAAUUCUAGUUGUGGGAGGAAUUAGUUCAGAAGUGUUGGAUUGUCACAGGGUUAAGUCAGCAUAUUGCAAACUCAAGUCGUGAAAAGUGAUGCGAAUGAUCAACAAAACCAGCUAAACAUGCCUUGAGAAGAGGGAAAACAAGACAGACCAGGCACAUUAUAUUACAGAGGAUAAAUGCCAGACUUUCUAAAUGUGGCACUCGUAGUUAUUAAGUUAUGAGGCUAGUGUGGCUUUUUUUAAUUCUAGUUGUGGGAGGAAUUAGUUCAGAAGUGUUGGUUUGUCACAGGGUUAAGUCAACAUAUUGCAGACUCAGCCAUGAAAAGUGAUGUAAAAGAAUUAAUGAAACCAGCUAAACAUGCCUUGAGAAUAGAGAAAACAAGACAGACCAGGCACAUUAUAUUACAGAGGAUAAAUCAACAGGCAUUAGAGCAUUGUUAAAACAUCCAGUGACUUACUAUUAGGUCGUAUAAUCAUGGUGAGGCAACCGCAUAGGAUAACGUAUUGCAAACUUAGCCAUGAAAAGUGAUGUAAAAGAAUUAAUGAAACCAGCUAAACAUGCCUUGAGAAUAGAGAAAACAAGACAGACCAGGCACAUUAUAUUACAGAGUAUAAAUUAAAAGGCAUUAGAGUAUUGUUAAAACGUCCAAUGACUUACUAUUAGGUCAUAUGAUCAUGGUGAAGCAGCAUCGUGGGAUAACUUCUGCAAAAUCAUUAGCAGUGGGUGGGGGAGCACCUUACCAAGAUAUCCAGAAAGGAGAGGCUGUAGAUGAUUGCGUUAAUGACUUACAGAUUUUAUACUAGCUUAAAGCGUUACCAAAUGGUUCAUGCAAAAUACUAUGUGUGUAUAGCACUGCCUGGCUGAUUGAUCAUUGCAAUAUUGUAUGGACCUGAUGAAGGACUUGCAGUAUUUAUAUCAACUUGACUCUGCCUUCACUGCCUGGCUGAGUGAUCAUUGCAAUAUUCGUACUGACUUGAUGAAGGACUUGGACUAUUUAUACCAACUUGUUUUUGCCUUCACUGCCUGGCUGAGUGAUCAUUGCAAUAUUCGUACUGACCUGAUGAAGGACUUGCCGUAUUUAUAUCAACUUGACUUUGCCUUCGCUGCCUGGCUGAGUGAUCAUUGCAACAUUCGUACUGACCUGAUGAAGGACUUGCCGUAUUUAUAUCAACUUGAUUUUGCCUUAUUCAGACUGGAUGGAUAAUGACGAACUUUGAUUUAGUUUCCGUAUUUAUUGGACACUGACAAAAGUUAAGUGGAUUCUCACCUGUUUGGCACUAAAUUUGUGUUAUUUUACUAUAUAAUAUAAAGAGUUAUGCCCGGCAGUGUGGACCCCAGUGUGCAAUAUGAAGGAAGGGAUUUGGUUCACACUCAAGGUUGACUGUGGACAAAACGUGAUUUCUUUUUAGUAUAUUAACUAAUUUUCUGGAUUUUGUUUCGUACCUUGGGUAGAAUUUCUCAUGAUGGCAAGUCUCUAGUCUACCGUUUGUUAUGGACCAACAAAACAAUUACUCUUUUGUAUAUUAGUUAAUUUUCUGGAUUUUGUUUCGUACCAUGGCUAGAAUUUCUCAUAAUGGCAAAUCUUUUAGUCUACUGUUUGAUUUAUGGACCAACAAAACAAUUUCUUUUUCAUAUAUUAAUUAAUUUUAUGGAUUUUGUUUCGUACCAUGGCUAGAAUUUCUCAUAAUGGCAAACGUUUAGUCUACUAUUUGAAUAUUUUAAUUUUUUCAGCUAAAUGAGGCCCCGUUCACACUGUGCUGACUCUGGGCCACGACAGCCCAGCAACUCUGAGGCCCCUUUCACACUGUGCCGAAUUAGCAACCGGUUAUCAUUUCCAGACCUCUGUCCGACCAGGUGCGACCCUUUCACAUCAACAUUUCACACCCAAAACCUCGUAUACCUUGAGUCGCUGGGUUGUCGUGGCACAGAGUCGGUACAGUGUGAAUGGGGCUUAAAUACAUAUACACAUGUUGCAGAUAAAGUAGUUUCUUGAAAAUAUUGUUGAGCUGUCGUACCGGAGUUCCUACUUCUCGAUAAUCAUGUCUGCAAGAAACCGUUUAUUCCGCCCGUGUUCUGACAGACCAGUAUUAUAAAACACUUUCACUUAUCACAUCACCUAUUUCUAAAGGUUAAAGAGGGGAUCAGUCGGGUUGUAAUGAGUGUUUCUUUAAGUUGACGGUACAGAAGAAGGGUCGGACUACCACCAGGGUCAUAAAACUACUCCUGGAAAUGCCCCGAGCUCCUACGAAAGCCUCGUCUAAUAGGUGAACUUGGGCGAGGAAAUGUUUAAAGAUACGUCCCUUAGACCCACCGUUAACCCGUCCGCUGUGAUUGGCACGGAUUUUGCCUUCACUGUUAGCCUGGUAACAUAUAGUCCCAGGUUCUCUGCCUCUGUGGUGGAUAGUGGAGUGUUUCCCAUGUGGUAUCACUCACUCACUUCUUUGGGUACAGGAGGAGUGACUACUAAGAGAGAGACACACACUCACUCACUCACUCACUCACGCAUACCCAGUGUCGGAGUGCUAUUAGGCAAGGUGUGAUGGCAGGUACAAAGUGCUAACGAAGGAGGGAUGUAAGAGUUUUUGUCGUGAGGUAAAUUAAGACAAAAAAAAAGACAUGUACAGCUGAGAAUAGACUUGUAAGGGUGUGAUUGUAAUAUGCAAGGUGGCAGUUUGUCGUAAUAAGAGUUAGCAUCUUAUGAAUUCACCUCAUUUCUGUGUGUUCUGAUAAGUUUGUUGUUUUUAUGUAUGGCAAAGAGGUGAGUUUUGGGUCCAUGUUAUUAAAUGCAUCGGGUCCCCAUUAUGACUUUCCUGCAGUGUGUUGUAUUUGUUUUGUAUCAUCAACACCACACAAAGAAUACAACUCCUCUCUUUAUAGGUCUGUUACUCUGACGCACUAUUCCUAAUUUCUAUGUAUGUGUAUUUACCUAUUUGUAGUCUACCGGGCCCGAGCUAAACUCUAAUAGUCCUGUCUCCAUAUCUACAUUUAUCCAGCCUUUCCUUCAUUUGUUGGACACUGCUUGCCUCCUCCUGUGUGUGUGUGUGUGUGUAAGAUAUAAGUAUACAUAUCUGUACAUAGCCAUCACUGGUACUAUACAUACAAACUUCACCUAAUGCAUAGAUUUGUGACAGCACCACCACCACUAACACCACCACCACUAAUGUAUUUUAUAAGGACUUGCUAAACCACUGAUUGCACUUAAAAAUUUGAAGGUCUUUGUAUUGGUUUGUGUGUGUGUGUGUGUGUGUGUGUAUAAUUCACCACGUCCUGAUCAUAAGCUAGACUUGUCAUGGCCAGCAAGUACCCUCCCGAUUAAACCAUUUCAUUGUAGUAUAUCUCUGGGUACUGCUGGGACCUUCACACACCACACACCACACACCCCUUGAUUCCCCAUGCUCGAGGGGGGACAGUAACCUCUCCUUUCCAAUAAAAAAAUCCCGGCCUGAGUUCUGAGCAGGACUCAAACCUCCACCAGCCUGUGAGUGUGAAUGUGCUUAUAACACCAAGAGUAAAGGCUUCAGAAUGAGGCUAACACUAUUUACCUGCACCUCAGCUAUUGCCACAACUACUAAUACUAAUGAAGGGCAAAGUUGGAGAAAUUGGAAUAAGACUGUUUGAUGAGGGAAGGAAGUGAGUACUGAAUUUGAUACUGUUUGCUAAUGAUACGGUGCUCAUUGCAGAAAAUGAAAGUGACCUACAAAAUUUGGUCAGUGUUUUUGAUAGUGUCUGUAAUAGGAGAAAGCUGAAAGUAAAUGUCAACAAAAGUAAAGUGAUGGUUUGUGAGCGAAGUAGAAGUGAGGUUGUAGAUUUUGUAUGCCCAUAUACAGUGGGAAUUGAAUGUGAAAAAGAAUGCAAAAUAAUUUUGAAUGGUGAAGAAAUGGAGGAAGUCAAUGAGUUUAAGUACCUUGGAUCAGUUAUGUGUAAGCAUGGUGGUAUGGAGGGAGAGAUAAGAGAAAGGGCAUUGCAAGGAAGAAGGGUGGUAGGGUUUUUGGGACGAAUCAUGAAUGGCAGAAGUGUGAGCAUGGAGGUAAAGAGGGAUUUGAGAAAUACAAUAAUAGUACCAACCCUCACAUAUGCAAGUGAAACAUGGGCCUGGAAUGAAAGCCAGAGGUCUAGAGUGCAGGCAGUGGAAAUGAGUUAUUUGAGGAGUGCUUGUGGUGUGAGUAGAAUGGAUGGAAUGAGCAAUGAAAGUGUGUACGAGCAUUUUGGAAUGUGUCACAGGGGUGAAGGGAAGAAGUGUGGAGUGGUGGAAGAAGUGAAGUGACAGACCUUAAAGUGGUUUGGCCACAUGGAACGAAUGGAGGAGAGUAAGACGACCAGAAGGGUGUAUGUGAGUGAGAUAGAGGGAGGGAAUGCUAGAGGACGACCUCCAGUGAAAUGGAGGGAUAGGGUGCAAGAGUACGUUGGGGAGAGGGGGGAAAGAUCUUUGAGAACCUUUGAGCAGGCAAGGAGGGAGUGUCUGGAUAGAGAAAGAUGGAAGCUCUUCUGCCAUGGCCAUCCCCUGGUGGGAGCUCCUAGGAGCAGGCGUCGAUAAAAUGAAUGAAUGAUGAUUACUACUUCUACUACUACUAUGAAACUCAGCUUGACUUUGAGUGAUUGUGAAUGUGCUUAUAACACCAAGAGUAAAGGCUUCAGAAUGAGACUAACACCAUAUAUUUGCACUACAGCUAUUGCCACUACUACUACUAAUACUAAUGUCACUACUUCUACUACUAGGUACUAUUACCACAACUACUACUACGAAACUCAGCCUGACUGUGAGUGAUUGUGACUGUGCUCAUAACAUCAAGAGUAAAGGCUUCAGAAUGAGACUAACACCAUAUAUUUGCACCACAGCUAUUGCCAUCACUACUAAUACAAUGUCACUACUACUACUACUACCACUCUGCACCAGCACCCUCACACCCCUUUCAGUAAGUGUGGAGUCUUUGUACAUAGCAAUGCCGUGAUCACCCUUGUCACCCUAAGCUAGCCGUGUAAGAGUCAGGUCGCUGCGCCACACUGCUCGCCCUAGUGUUACGGAGAUGUUAUUUUAGCUGCCAACGUCCUCGGGGAUUCUCAACCAAGGUUCCUGUCGUAUUACAGACACACAGACAGACGGAUAGAGAGACAAACAGACAUGGGUAUACUUAUUCAUACACUCAUUCAUUCACGUGCAUACUGACAGACAGACAGACAGAUAUUCAUACAUACAGACAGACAGACAUGCAUAUAUUUAUUCAUACACACAUCCGUUCACAAGCAUACAUAGAUUCACAUAUCGUACACACACACACAUUGUUCACUUACAUACAUAGGCUAUAUUCAUACAUUCACCUGCUUACAUAUAUACAUGCAUACAUAGGUACAUACAUAUCCACUUGGAAUCAUACCUAACAUACAUACCUAUAUACAUUCAUACAUCAUUCCAUACAUUCAUUCAUACAUCAGUCCAUACAUACAUAUUCAUACAUCACUGCAUACAUACAUACAUACAUACAUAGAUAUAUACAUACAGGUUUAUUUAUACAUACUUUCUGCCUUGCUUCUUAAAGUGAGCCAACAUGUGGAGGAUUUUUUUUUCUACAAUAUAUUUUUUCUUUUUUUGAUUAAUUGCUCAUGUGUGUGUGUGUGUGUGUGUGUGUGUGUCCCUAAUUCAUACCUAAUAUUUUUUUGUUCACUUGACAAUGUAUAUAUAAAUAGUUAGUUUUAUUCCCUAUUAUUAUUAUUAUUAUUAUUAUUAUUAUUAUUAUUAUUAUUAUUAUUAUUAUUAUUAUUAUUAUCAUCAUUAUUAUUUAUUCCAAUAGUGUGUUCUCUGUACCAAUGUGUAUUUAUUAAUUAGCUAAUACACCUACUCUAAUUAUAAUUGUUCUGUAUCUCAUCAUUCUAUUUUUUUUUUUUUUUUUUUUUUUUUUUUUUUGUGUGUGUGUGUGUGUGUGUGUCCUGCCAUUCACACAACACUGGACUGAAAGAGAAAAAAAUCCCCAUAUCAUUUUUUCCUUUCAUUCUAACACACCAAAAAACUCCUAUUAGUGUCCCAUUCAUGUGUUACCCCUUACACUCUUACACAUUAUUACAUAUUAUUCACCACUAUUAAUUGCUUGCAGUAAGAGUCCAUUAUAUAUAUUAGUUUUCCCCAUUGAAAUAGUACAGUAAAGAGACCAUUAUAUACAGUGGCGGAUCCAGCCCCAGGUGAAGGGGGGGGCUGAUGUAUACAAGAUGGGUGCCAUACCAUACAUAAUAUUUGCUAGCAUUGCAAUUAGAUCUAAUAGUAGUAAUAGUAGUAUUGUUAUUAUUAUUAUCAUUAUUAUCAUUAUAAUUAGUAGGCUAGUAGUAGUGUUCACAGGAAUGAUACCCCCCCAGAUCUCAGUGAAUCUUUGAAAGGGUACAAUUUAGGUCCUAAAAGGGUGGUGGUGACUGCCCAUUUAGGCCCCCCCCCCCCCCCCCUGGAUCUGCCACUGAUUUUGUAGAUUAAACACUCAUUGAAAUAUUAACAGUGAAGGUCCAUUAUAUUAAACACCCAUUGAAAUAGUGUAGUACAGAGACCGUUAAUCAGUUUUACCCAUUGAAAUAAUACACUGGAAGACCAUUAUGUUAAGUUUACCCAUUGAAAUAAAGUAGAAAAAGCCCAUUACUCAGGUUUACCCAUUGAAAUAAAGUAGAAAAGCCCAUUACUCAGGUUUACCCAUUGAAAUAAAGUAGAAAAAGCCCAUUAAUCAGGUUUACCCAUUGAAAUAAAGUAGAAAAAGCCCAUUAAUCAGGUUUACCCAUUGAAAUAAAGUAGAAAAAGCCCAUUAAUCAGGUUUACCCAUUGAAAUAAAGUAGAAAAAGCCCAUUACUCAGGUUUACCCAUUGAAAUAUUAACAGUGAAGGUCCUGUACCAAACACCCAUUGAAAUAGUAUGUAAACUGACCAUUAUAUUAGUUUUACCCAUUGAAAUAAAAGAAAAAAAAGGUCCAUUAAUCAGUUUUACCCAUUGAAAUAAUACAGUAAAGUGAGUUCAGUGACCAUUAUAUACAUUACUUAAACGCCCAUUGAAUAAAGCACUCCAUACCAGCAACUGAAAAACUACACCAUUAUUUUUCCAUCAUGCAUAUCACACUUUUUUCCACCCCCUUAAAAAUACAUUGAUUAUCCAUUGACGAUUAAAAUUUCAACAUUGUGUGUGUGUGUGUGUGUGUGUGUGUGUGUGUGUGUGUGGAAAUGUUCUUGUCAUAUAUAUUUUUUCUAAGUAAUGUUAUAUAUCAAUGGCAAUAUAUAGGUACGUGUUUAAGAGCACAGUUUUUGAUAUCUUUGAGAAUUCAUAAAUGUUUGUAAUGGAUGUGAUUUUUUUUUUUCCUAUCUUUAUUCUUCCUAUCUUUUUUACUAUCUUUUUUCUUCCUAUCUUUAUUCCCCUUUCUAUCUUUAUUCUUCCUAUCUUUAUCCUCUAUUUCUUCCCCUUCCUGUCUUCUUUCUUCCUAUCUUUUUUCUUCCUAUCUUUAUUCCCCUUUCUAUCUUUAUUCUUCCUAUCUUUAUCCUCUAUUUCUUCCCCUUCCUGUCUUCUUUCUUCCUAUCUUUUUUUCCCAUCUUUUUUCUUCCUAUCUUUAUUCCCCUUUCUAUCUUUAUUCUUCCUAUCUUUAUCCUCUAUUUCUUCACCUUCCUGUCUUCUUUCCUCCUAUCUUUUUUCUUCCUAUCUUUAUUCUUCCUAUCUUUAUCCUCUGUUUCUUCCCCUUCCUGUCUUUAAUCUUCCUAUCUUUAUUCCUCCUAUCUCUAUUCUUCCUAUCUUUAUUCUUCCUAUCUUCUUUCUUCCUAUCUUUUUUCCUAUCUUUUUUCUUCCUAUCUUUAUUCCCCUUUCUAUCUUUAUUCUUCCUAUCUUUAUCCUCUAUUUCUUCCCCUUCCUCUCUUUAUUCUUCCUAUCUUUAUUUCUCCUAUCUCUAUUCUUCCUAUCUUUACCCCUUCCUAUCUUUAGUUCGGUUUUUAAUUUCUCAUUUUUUUAUAUAUAUUUCUUUUUUCUUUAAUUUGAAUCUUUGGUUUCUAAUAAUUUUUUCUCCUUUUCAUCCUUUUCUUUCUUUCUUCCUCUCUCUGCUAAUUUAACUUCUUUUUUAGGUAUUUUCUAAUCUACCUUUCGACCUAAUUUAUUUUCAUGCUUGGACUUCACACUUAUCUAUAUUUUCCUCCUCCAUUUCAUUCCUCUUCAUGUUAUAAUAAUACUUUCCACCCUCGCUCAUGUUGUAUUCCCAGCACUGUGUUACCCAUUCUUUCCGUCACCACCAGUAUUUCAGUGUAUGUGGGUUUAUAUACAUUUAUUUUUUCCCUUCAUAUCCCUUUGCGCCUCUGGUUGUUGCAUAAUAAUUGUAAGACCAUCAAUAGUCACAGUAUUUCCUAACAUUGUACAGGUUUACAAAAUAAGAUUCAAGAAAUGUG